UACAUUAAAAAAAGUUUUUCUCUUUCUUUCUAGGCGAUUUUAAAAGCGACCAUAACCGACUUACCACCGACUUAAUUUGUCGGCGGAUUUCCUACCGUUUAAUGUGGAUUUCACUCUCCGAUAGCUUUGUCGGUCACCUGUCUUCUAUUGUAUCCACUUAAGAUGGCGAAGAAUCUUUGGGAAGCUCUUCAAAAUCUCAAUUUGGGAUCGGAAAGAGCUCCUAUGAGGAUGUCUAUGGAGGCUAUCAAAUCUAGGGAGAAUAGCAAUCGUCUCAGUCUAGUAGUUUAAGGGUUAAAUUCUCAACAUCAAAAGCCAAUUGGUAUGAAAGGUGCUCUUCCUAAAGCUUGGAAACUACAAGAGCGAGUGUCAAGCAGGAUCAACGAUGAUGGUACAGUUCAAUUUUUCUUCAAAGGAGAGCAUCACUUACUGACGGUUCUUGAAAAUAGACCAUGGCACUACAAUCUUUGGAUGGUGGCAAUUGAUGGAUGGACAAGGCGUAAUCUCCCAACGUUUUUAACUCAAAUUUCUUUUUGGGUAAAGAUUAUGAAUAUAACUGAGGAUUUCAGAUCUGAAACGGUUGUUCGUGAAGUAGGUGGAGUUCUUGGUCAUAUUGAUGAUGUUCGGUUUAUCGAAGCUACUGAGGAAACUGAUGGGGAGGUAUGGGCUCAUGUUCAAUAUAUAUCAAUGAUCGACUGAUCUUUGUAAGGUAUGUUGAAUUUGAUCAGUUAAAACCGCCAGUCAUGAUCAGAUUCAUAUUCCCAAAGCUUCGAAAAUUCUGUUUUCGGUGUGGAUCAUUACGUCAUGAGCAAUCAGUUUGUGAUUUUGCCACUCCACUUCCACAAAUUGAUGACGAAGCUGUUCGAAACGUUCUUGAACCAAUCCAAACGGCAGCUCAAGGUGAAGACGAAAACAUGAGUGAUAAUGUUGAUUCCUCAAAUCCAAUAGUUGGAACUCUAAGGCCUAUGCUCCCCACAGAGAUCGAGAGACAUUGACGAUAUGUCUAUAACUCCUGACUUUAAACCGAUUACUAUAAAGGAGUUCAGUGCAACUUCUAAGAUAACUAAGGGGGAGAGGAUGAAGGAUAUAGAUGCAGUGCUAGAUGACGAAAUCUCUGCAAAUCUAAAUAAAGAAGCUUCUCUGAUUACACAACCACUGCCUGAAGGUGAACGUUUUGUUCAGAAACAACCAGAUUUCCUAGGUGAAUUCACGUCUCCGAAUAUUGUGAUCAAUAAUGAGGAAUUUGAUGGACAUACAAAGGAUAUGGAAAGAGGUCAGAAAAGAAAGGGGGAGGAUAUGCCAGUUGAAGAUCAAGCCUCUACGUCUAAAUCAAGAUUUGAAAAUGAUUACCAGGUUAAGGGGAGGGUGGAAACCCCGAAACCACCCCAAAAACCAUGAGAAUAAUGCAUUGGAAUUGUCAAGGGCUUAAGAGGAAUCCCCUGACAAUUCCAUAUCUAAAAGAUAUCAGGAAAUCAUAUAAAUCUGAUAUCUUAUUCCUCAUAGAAACAAAAAAAUGGUUUUAGGUUUGUGAAUAGUUUAGGGCAAGAUCUAGGCUUUCCUAAUAGUUUUAUUCUCCCUUCUGAUGGUAUUAGCGGAGGUAUGGCUAUUUUUUGGAAUGAUAAGGUGUAAGUAGACUUAGUGGAUUCACCUACUUUGAACUAUACAGAUAUGUAUAUCUCUGAACUGGGUUCACCAAUUUUUUUGUGUCACUUAUGUUUACGGGGAUCCUGACCAGAAACAUCGGAACAGUAUGUGGGAAAGAAUGGCUGUCGAGGCAGAUAAUGGUAUAUAUAGAGGUAAACUGAUGCUAGUGUUAGGUGACUUCAACGAUAUCAAAAGUAAUGAUGAGAAGCUCAGUGGUCUUCAGCAAUCAAAGUCCUCAUUCAAACACUUUAGACGAAUGUUAUCUUCCUCUGGUCUACAUGAGUUAAAAACAGUUGGAGGGAAAUACACUUGGAUUGGGAAUAGAUAUUCCUUUUCAAUCCAGACACGUAUCGAUAGAGCAGUAGCUUCAGCAGAAUGGCAAGAUUUAUUUUCAAAGGCUUAUGCUCAACUGCUGGAUUGGAUAGGUUCUUAUCAUAGACCACUCUUGAUCCAUACUGGUAGUGAAAGACUUCAAGGAUUUCCAUUGUUCAGAUAAUAGGUGGAGGUUUAAUAAAGAGGUUAAACAAGAGUUACUGAAAACUUGGACUACUGAUUGUUCUUAUCUCCCCGGUCAUAAAUUCCAUGAAGCAUUACGCAGAUGCAGAUCAUGUCUUUCCAGAUGGAAAUCGAAGAACACAACCAAUUCAGCAAAGAAAAUACAGGAAUUGAAGCUUCAGAUUCAGAAAGACUAUAAUACUAAUCUCUUGGAUUUCAAUAAAAUAAAAUCUCUGAACUCUGCUUUAACCGAAGAGUACAGGAUGGAAGAGGAGUACUGGAGAACAAAAAGCAGAAUUCAAUGGCUCCACGUUGGUGAUAGGAACACAAAGUUUUUCCAUGAAAAAACCAAGCAAAGACGAUGCUACAAUCGAAUUACUGCAAUCACAGAUAAUAAAGGUAUAGCCUGCACAUCUGAGGAAGAUAUUUAUAGAGUGAUUGUUGAGUAUUUUGAAUCUCUGUAUCGAUCAGAAAAUAAAGGCAACAUUGAUAUGGUGGUACAACAUCUGAAGCCUCGAGUAACAGCUGAAAUGAAUCAAGCUCUAACAAAACCUGUUACAGAGGAAGAGCUUAAUCAAGUUAUCCACCAAAUGGCAAGAGACAAAGCUCCAGGACCUGAUGGAUUCAAUCCAGGUUAUUUCCAAGAUCAUUGGUCAACCAUUCAAAAAGCAGUUAUGAGGCAAAUGGGUUUUUCGGAUAUUUGGUGUAAAUGGAUAAUGAAGUGUAUCUCUACUGUGACUUAUUUUGUGCUCAUUAACGGUCAUCCAGUUGGUCAUAUAAAGCCACAAAGAGGCAUUCGUCAAGAUGACUCAUUGUUAUUCUACAAGGCCACAGAUGAGGAAUGUACAACUCUGUUAAGUCUUCUCAACCAAUAUGAGCAAGCUUGAGGCCAAGCGAUAUCUUGGUCUACCAGAGUUCAUUGGUAGAAACAAAGCAAACGCUUUUUCUUAUUUAGCGCAGAGAAUAGACCAAAAAAUGAAUAGCUGGUAUGCUAAGCUUCUAUCCCUUGCAGGUAAAGAGGUGCUUCUCAAAUCAGUUAUUACAGCAAUCCCUACCUAUAGUAUGUCAUGCUUCAUACUACCAUAAAAAAUAAUCAAACAGAUUACAAGAGCCAUGAAACAGUUUUGGUGGUCAAGUAUCAAAAAUAAACACAAAAUUCCAUGGGUUGCAUGGCAUAAAAUUAUUGAUCCAAAGAAUAUGG